UUAUCUCAGAAUAGUAUCAAGCUACUUAAUAUGACAUCAUUUAACUCUAUAGAAAAAUUGCAACAAUUGGACGUUUCGAAUAACAAAAUAUCUACCGUCAUCCUGGGUGUUAGCCACUACCUGCAUUACCUCUGUAUAUCCAAUAAUAAUUUGUCUGCUUUACCAAACUUUUGUCUUCGUCGAAACUCCUUUCCAGAGUUAACAACAUUGCAACUACAACGUAACAAGAUUAGUAAUUUAGUUCCGGAAUAUUUAAACUGCUUGGAAAAGCUACAAAACCUCGCUAUUUCUAGAAAUAGUUUAGUUGCUUUACCAAACUUUUGUCUUCGUCGCAACUCCUUCCAAGAGUUAACAACAUUGAAUCUCGAAAGCAACAGGAUUGGUUAUUUCGUCCCGAAAUAUCUAAACUGCUUGGAAAAGCUAAAGUUCCUCUCCCUUUCUGGAAAUAGUUUGGCUGCUUUACCAAACUUUUGUCUUCGUCGAAACUCCUUCUCAGAGUUAACAACAUUGCUUCUAGGAAGCAACAAGAUUGGUCAUUUCGAUCCGGAAUAUUUAAACUGCUUGGAAAAGCUAAAUCACCUGGAUGUGAGUUUAAACUACAUUGACUCAUUAAAAACAGAUUAUUUUCAUUCUUUCAAGUCUCUUAGCUCGCUGUCUAUCUCCGAACAGAGUAGAACAUUUUAUAUAGAGGAAUGUGCGUUCAACAACAGCAAUCUUCUAACUCUAAGUCUAUCAAGUAACAAAUUGACUACUAAACGUCUGCAUGAACGUGCAUUUUGUGGAUUGGAUCGGUUAGUAAAACUAGAUCUGGCUAAAAAUAGUUUCAUUAAAAUGGAGGAUAAACUAAGUAAAAUUUUAGCCCCUCUGAAAUCUCUUGAAGAAUUAUUGCUGCCGGAAUGUAAAUUACAGAAAAUACCUACUGUCAUCAGACAUUAUCAUAAUCUCACGUAUUUACAUGUUGGCAUAAAUCUGAUUAAAUCCUGGCCAAAUAAUUUCUUUGAAAGAAACAAAAAGUUGACGGACUUAAAUGCAGGAUAUAAUUUAAUUCAGACCGUUACAAGUAAAAUGUUGCCCGAGGUGUUGAGGACAAGAUUGAAAACAAUAGCUUUAAAUGAUAACCCGUUUGUAUGUAAGUGUGAAUUGGUUUGGUUAAUUCAAUGGAUUCAUAGCGAACCACAGAAGUUUUGGCAUUAUCCAAACGGCUAUAUAUGUCUAAAUAUUACGGAGAGAAUUUGUCUGAAUAACACUGGAGCGUUUAUCUCUGUGACAACAGUAACGUGUGUUUUUAUCUGUAUUAUUUUGAUCACAUCUGUUAUCAACAAAUAUAUCUGGCAUAUUAAAUAUCAUAUUUAUAUGUGGAGACACAGACCUAAACAGCUGUUGGAUAUUGCGGAGAAACACUUUGUUCAUGACGCCUUUGUUGCUUACUGUGUAGAAGAUGGAGACUGGGUUUUACAUGAUCUUCUACCUAUCGUGGAAGAAGGUGAAAACAUUAAGUUAUGUAUCCACGAAAGAGAUUUUCUUGGUGGACAACUGAUCAUUGAUAAUAUUGUACAACACAUGGAGAACAGUCGUAAAGUUCUUGUUGUUUUGUCCAAUGAUUUUGCUAAAAGUAAAUGGUGUCAAUUUGAAAUGAGUUUAGCUCAGAAAUUGGUUAUAGAUAGGAGUAUAGAGUCUAUAGUAGUAGUAUUAUUAGAGGAUAUAGCGGCAGUUAAUAUGAGUAAAUCACUGAACGCUCUAUUGAAAACUACUACUUAUAUCAAAUGGCAAGUUAAUGACAACAAAGAUAUAUUUUGGAAAAUGGUAAACACAUCGCUGAAACGUCAAUAUGAAUUAUAAUAAAAUUAAACAACAUGAAUCUGUUUAUCACAGUCGUUUCAUGGUCCGUGGUUCAAUCGCCACAAGACCCCCCCCCCCGCACACACACACACACACACAAUCUGUGACUGUAUCCAUUCCUCACGUUCCGUUCGAGUACAGAAAUGGAUCCAGCUUACCAAUUAUUAUUUCUACACCGUCACCCACGAAACAAGUGUUAAAGCUAGUUUUAGCCCCCCCCCCCUUUUGCAUUGCGAUCUUUGUUGAUUUUUUGGUGUAGAAUUGAAGAAAGGGGUUUGAAUAUACAUUUUCUGCGAGGUUUGGUGAAUAUUCAUGAUUUUGAGGAUACAGGAGUUAAGUGGUUGGAUAGGUAGAAAUGUAGGGCGGAAAAUUGCACGUCUCUACUUCCAGUUUGUGUAUCUCGAGUUUUUCAUGAUGAACCUCAUACGUGCUUUUGAGCAAUCUGUGGUAGAAAGCGUUCUACCCAACGAAAAUUUGGGAAAAGUUAGAGCCGGUCUAAGAGACAAGAAUUAACAUUAAAGUCAAUGGGGAAUUCAUUGGUGAUCUGUGGCCAUAUUAUUGAGUAUUAUUAGCUCUCUUUACUUAAAUAGCUGAAUUUGAAUAUAAAGCAUGCGAUUAUAAUUUAUAUGCAUAUUCUACGACACAUUUAAGGUAACUAACAUGUACGUUUUGUGUGUCAACUUUAUCAUAAAUCAAAUUGUGCCCAUCUGUUAAAUAAUCGUGAAUUUAUGUUGUUGACAAUGCAUACUUUGUUUACUUAAGGCGCGUAUACUUUAUAAUUUUGCAUGACCUGGGAAAGAAAACUCAAAUCCAUUGCCAUCCUGUCGAGUCAGCCAGGCAAACGUGGGUCAGUUGUUCUUACUGGGAUAUCCGUCUCCAGGGAAUCCUCGGUU